GAGAAGAGAGAGCGAGAAACAAGCAGGCAUGAUAGUCUGCGUUACCAAGUCUGAGGUUCAGUCCUGGGAUACUUUCGCUGCCUCCAACCUUGACGGUCUGGAUUAAACUGGGAGCGAUUCCUCAGAGGGAAUCAAAAGACGCUGAGUUCUGAGGGAUCUGAGAGGAGAACUUCUGCCAAGGCGCGAGAAAACGACGGCACGCUGGGUGGAGUUUAUGAGCGAACUCCAUCUCACCGGCUUGCGGACGCUUGACGGAGUCGUCUGCCCGCUCCCGGGAACGCCAAUGCAUGCAAGGAACUGCUUCCUGCUGUUCCUCUGCUUUCUCCUGGAUGAAGGCCUCCUGGUGCCCCACGGCCUGCUGGGAAAGCGGCACCACAGGAGCAAGGUGUCACUGAAGAGGAGUUGGGCGCCAGGGUCUCAGAGGGUCAGGCGGAGUUGGGUGUGGAAUCAGUUCUUUGUGCUUGAGGAGUACAUGGGCUCAGAUCCUCAGUAUGUUGGCAAGCUCCACACCGACCUGGACAGAGGGGACAGCGUGGUGAAGUACACCCUCUCCGGGGAGGGGGCCGGCUCCAUCUUCACCAUCGACCAGACCACUGGCGACAUCCAUGCCUUGCAGAGGCUCGACCGGGAGGAGAAGCCUUUCUACACGCUGCGGGCGCAGGCCAUCGACAUGGCGACGGGCCGGCCCCUGGAGGAGGAGUCCGAGUUCGUCAUCAAGGUCCAGGACAUCAACGACAACGAGCCCAGAUUCCUGGAGGGUCCGUACACCGCCAGAGUCCCGGAAAUGGCACCUAUAGGUACCUAUGUGAUCCAGGUGACCGCCACCGAUGCCGAUGAUCCCACCUACGGUAACAGCGCUCAGGUUGUCUACAGCAUCCUGCAUGGACAGCCUUACUUCUCGGUUGACGCCAAGACAGGGGUGAUCAGAACCGCAUUGCCCAACAUGGACAGGGAGGUGAGGGAGAACUACUACGUCCUGAUCCAGGCCAAGGACAUGGGGGGUCAGCUGGGAGGUCUGGCUGGGACCACCACCGUCAACAUCAGCCUCACAGACAUCAACGACAACCCGCCCAGGUUUUCCAAAAGUAUUUUCCAUGUCAGGGUCCUGGAAUCGUCACCCAUGGGCUCGGCAGUGGGACGAGUCAAAGCUAAUGACCUCGACGUGGGAAAGAAUGCAGAAGUGGAGUAUUCCAUUGUUCCUGGGGAUGGGGGAGGCAUGUUCGAGAUCACCACUGAUGAGCAAACCCAAGAGGGGAUUAUCACCCUCCGAGAGCGGCUGGACUUUGAAGACAAAACUGUGCACAUCUUCAAAGUGGAGGCAUCUAACCCAAGCACAGAUGGGAGGUCCCAGCACCCGGGCCCACUCAGGGACGCCGCCACCGUCCGGAUCAGCGUGGUGGAUGUGGCCGAGCCACCUGUGUUCGGCAAGCCAGCCUACGGCAUGGAUGUGUAUGAAAACGCCCCCGUGGGCAUCGUUAUCGGAGCCGUGAGUGCUCAGGACCUGGACGUGGGGGCCAGCCCAAUCAGAUAUUCCAUGGACUGUAUGGAGGACACAAACUGCUCUUUUGAAAUAGACCCAGUGAAGGGAACUAUUUCCACCACAAAAGCCUUGGACAGAGAGCAGACCGCGGAGUACAACAUCUCCAUAGUGGCAACUAAAGUUAGGAGUCUGGACCUUUCCAGCCAGGCCACGGUCACCAUCCACGUGCUGGAUGUUAAUGAGUUUCCUCCAGAACUCAUCACACCCUACAAGACUUUUGUUUGUGAAAACUCCAAAUCCGGGCAGGUCAUUGGCAUCGUCUCUGCUCAGGACAAGGACCUGCCACCCGCAGGACAAAAGUUCACCUUCAGAUCACUGCCAGGGGAGAUUAAAAAUGAUAAUUUUACAGUCUGGGAUUUUGCAAACAACACUGCGGGCAUCCUGACGCAGCGGAGCGGCUUCAGGCGCCGAGCUUUGGACCGCUACCUGGUGCCAGUGGUGGUGGCGGACAGGGGCUACCCCCGCCUGAGCAGCACUGGCACCCUGACUGUGCGCGUCUGCUCCUGCGGCAGGGACGGGAGCCUCAUAUCCUGCAGUGCUGAGGCCGUGUUCUUCCCUGCGGGUGUGAGCACAGGCGCUCUCCUCGCGGUCCUUCUGGGAGCAGCUGUCCUCCUGGUGACUGUGCUGCUGUAUGUCGCUCUCAGGCGGCGACGGAAGAGCGCGGUGCCGGCGGCGCCGGGAGACGGGGACGUCCGCGAGAACGUCGUUCGCUAUGACGACGAAGGGGGCGGGGAGCAGGACACGCGCGCCUUCGACAUGGGCGCCCUGAGGAAGCCCGAAGCGGCGGAGGCCCAGCUACAUUCCAGCAGCCGCGUCUGGGUGCCCCCCAAAGAGGACAUCCCGGACGUGCGGGAUUAUAUCCACCGGAGGCUGGUCGAACGCCCCAGUGAGAGUGCCCCCCCUCCAUACGACUCCUUGGCCACCUACGGCUAUGAGGGAGACGGCUCAUUGGCGGGGUCCCUGAGUCCCAUCGAAUCCUUGACAGCGGAGGUAGAGGAGGACCACGGUUACCUUGACGACCUGGGGCCUUCAUUCGAUAGCUUGGUAGCGAUAAUCAGCAAACCUGAGAGUCACCGGGACACAGAAGAGGAGGAGGGACCCUGACAGGAAUGCCAAGCCGGCUGCCUGUUAUUCUUCAUUUAAUUUUAAUGGGUUUUAUGUCCGUCCAUCCACAUAUCCAUCAUCCACCUGUCAUCUAUCUGCUUACCCUGCUCAGGGUCGCAAGGGGGGCUGGAGCCAAUCCCAGGCAACACAGGACACAGGCUGGGGUCACCGUGGAUGGGAUAGAGGUUUUAUGUCCAGUUCGUUUUUUAUUUUCAUCCAAUUUAAUAUAAUUUUAUUUUCUAAAAUGAGAUCUCAGAAAUAUCGGGGGCUGGGGCAGGAAAAAAAAAAGAAUAAAACACUGACUAAAAAGCUGGGGGGAAAGCAAAUUAUGCAUUUAUAGAUGCAUAAUUUAUUUUAAUUGUUGUGUUUUUGACAUGAGUGAAAGGAAAGAUUGCACAAGAAUUUUGAGAACUCUGCAGCAUAAUUUGAAGUGCCUCAAAAAUGUCUUUGAAAAGGUUAAAAAUAUUUUAGCUAAAUUCCUUGGCAAAAUACCCAGUUUUCUUUCUGAAUCACCUUCAUCCGUUAAGUACAUCACACACUUUUUUGCCAAAUAUAUUUUUUAUGUACGUAUCUGAUUAAUAUGUUCGAUCUCCUUUUCUCCAAAAACAAUAUUUCUUGGACUAAUUGUCAAUGUCUGUCACAGAAUUGAUGACUUCAGUAUGAGGACAUAUUUCUUUUUUGAAACCCCUCGGUUUCCAAUUUUUCAUAUGGUUGCAAUGACAAUUUUGUCAGCUUGACAUGCCAUCCUGGUCGAGAUACACGCACCAUGGGAACCUACAGCACACUUUAAAACGUCAUAAACCACAAAUGAAUUCCUCACAGUCCAGGCUUUGCUAGAUAUACCAUUAAAAUCACAUUCUUUUCUUCCUGCGACUCAUUCGGAUAACUGUAUAUUUUAUUGUUUUCUGAUUUCAUUCAUUUUACCGGCUGCAAGAAGCAUAAGUGAGUAGAAAUGGCCAGUACCAGCGUCGUUCUCUUGGGUUUUGAUGUUAGCCAACUUCUGUCUAUUCGGAAUGCAGAGAGACGUAUCCAUGACUGUCAUGUGUAAUUUAGUUUGCUAUGAUGUAGCGUGACUGAGAUACGUUAAACACUGACAGUAAACAGGACUCACAGCUACGCCCUUCUUUAAAAAUGAUUAUUCACUUGCUGAAGCGACUCAGCACCUUGACAACAACAUCAGCCCUUCGUAUAUACUCCGGCAAGCCCGGCCCUCCCGUUUGUCAUAUUUCUAAGGCACUCAUUUCCAAAGCUUUUACAUAUGUAUCUUGCCAAAGGUGCCCUUUUGGAAAAUAAAAGAGAGUCAAUGAACAAAGAGACAAACAGACAGAUAGAUAGACAAACAAGGAUUUAGACAGAGCAUUUUAAAACAGUAUGUUUUCUUGGAACAAAUUGGCGUGAAUGUGUCUGAGGUGUUUGCCAACAUCCAGGCUGUUAGGAUAUUCGCCCAUCCCUGUUCAUCCCACUCACAUGAUGAUGGUGACACCCAGCUUUCUUCUAAGACUUUGAGGGACCUCAGGACGACAUGUAUAAGCUGAGAGUUAUCAGCACCCCCCCCCCCCCACCCUGUCCGCACCUGCACCAUCUGCCAUAAACACUUCAGAUCUGUUUAUGCUGAUGUCUGAUUUUUUUCCUCCCUUUCUAAACAUUUCGUCUCUCGUAGCGAUAGCCACCUUGUCGUUUUCAUCAGAUGAAAAUGCGGGGCUGUUUUUUUAUUUAAUAGCUGACCUGCUGAUUGUGUAGAGGAGCGCUUUUAGCAUAUUGCUAUCUCGAAUUUGACACUGGGCCGUGAUUAAGUACUACAGCCCUCGGAGGGAAAAAAAAAAAUUAAAUACAGGGGAUGAUUGUGAGAAAACUCUGACGAACCCAUUAAUCAGUCUCUGGAAACAUUUGCACAUUACUAUGCUUGUUCGGGUUCGAAGAGCUCCGUGUUCAUCUAAACAUUGACAAAUUAAGUUUGGCUAAUCAAGCUGAGGGUAAAAGGUUUAAGAAACGAACAAAAUCCACUUCAAAUAUUGAUGAAAUAAAGCGGGUCGUGCUGCACCCAGUUGCCGGUGUCAGUAAUUGUAAUUUUUUAAUUGCAGAAGUUCAUGUUGAUUAACUGCCACAUCCCAUUAAGAACAGAUGACUAUUAAGUGCUCUAUGGUGAGGGAGUCCUGGAUGAGAAGACCUCUUCAGGCAUGACCUCUCGGCCGCAAACGGCACCUAAUUUGUUUAUUACCAACAUGCUGUUGAUAGCUAAUUCUUAAAUUCUUUGUUGUGUCCAGUCGCAUGUGGCCACAAUAUGUACAGAAGACAAGCCUGACUCCUUUAAUAAGGCCACCAGCGUGCAUCUUAUUUUAGAGCGUUUUAUAAAUAUAAUUACUGCAAUGUCCAUAACGGCAUUUCUAUUAUGUUGCUGACAAUGCCCAAUGUUGUACGGAUGAUGAAUCGCUUGGCAAUCACAUCUGUAUUCCCCCAAUCCUCAUUUAUCCAUGAUAUCCUCUUAAGAGGCUUACGAAUUCGUAAGCCGAACGGCAUCCUUCAGAACUCAAACAAGCCGGAGGCGGAGUCAGAGCUCAUUUGCUUCUCAGAAACAGUACAGAGACUCUAUUUCCCAUGUUGUAGCAUGUAACUAUAAGCUCAUUUGUCCACUUCAUGAUUUUUUGAAACAAUGUCUGAACUUAAUAUCUAAAAUUAUUUGUCAAUUUUUCAAGUAUUGUUAUAUAAAAAUUUGAUGUUGGUUCUUGGGACGAUGGUAAAUUUCCCAUGCAUGGUAGCCAGUUCUUUUUCUUAUUAUAAUUGUUAUUAUUAUUAUUAUUAUUAUUAUUAUUAUUAUUCAAUAUUUUAAUGCUAAUGUUAAUUUCUCAUCAGUCAGUGUCACCUUUUUGGACUUUUUUUUUUA